CGGCAUUUUUCUCUUUCGCGCACACACAGCCAUGGACGACGGCCUUGUGUCUCCACUUAUGCAAAUCCACGGGCCAAAGCCAAUCAGUAGCGAGGUUGAAAUACCAAGGAUUGGAAAACUAACGCAUGAAGAAUGUGCUACUUUUUUUUCUUUCCUAUGGGGCCCUCCUAUUCCUCGUGGUGAAUGUAAGUUUUGUUUGAAGGUGGAUGAACAUUAUUGGUCAAAUUGCCCAUACAUGAUCAGUGUCCCAAAGAAUGCAAAAGUUGGUAGUAAUUGCGAUGUAAUAUGUAAGGUUUGUGGACUCUUCUUUAAAAAAGAGUCAUGUUGUGGUAAAGACGAAGGGCGGGCGAUUCCCAAGAUUGGUAGGCGCGCGAAACAUGUUUCUUUGGAUGAUGGAGUUCGGGUCUGAGAGCUAUUAUCGCAAGUAAAUUGCAAUUUGCAACACAUGGUCUAUUCUAUUUAUGCAUCUUAUGUAA